CAACUUUUACUCCAGAACAAUUAUAUGAAAACAACUGCAUUUGAGUGAUUUCUUGGAUACCCGAAUUGUGAUUUUGCCGGAAUGGAACAAUUCCGGCAUAUUGGAGAGGUGCUGGGAAGUCUGAAGGCUCUGAUUGUGUUGCAAGAAGACAUUCAAUUCAAUCAUUGCCAGUGUUUUUUGCUGCUUGACAUUUUCUGUUUGGCAUUCGACACGAUUGCGGAGGAGAUAAGGCAGAACCUGAAGCUGGAAGAGAAGAACAAGAAAUGGAAAGCCCUUGAGCAGCCUUUGAGAGAGCUCUACAGGGUCUUCAAAGAAGGGGAGCUAUACAUCAAGCAUUGCUUGGAUGCAAAGGAUUGGUGGGGAAAAGCAAUCAGUCUCCAUCAGAACAAGGAUUGUGUUGAGUUUCACAUCCACAACUUGUUCUGCUACUUCCCGGCCGUAAUCGAGGCGAUUGAGAAUGCCGGAGAGAUUGCAGGACUUGAUGAGAGUGAGAUGGAGAAGAGGAGAGUCGUGCUCACAAGGAAGUAUGCUAAGGAGUGGAAUGAUCAGAAGCUUUUCCAAUGGAGAUUUGGGAAGCAGUAUUUGGUGACUCAAGGAAUUGUCAACCGUUUGGAUAGUGCUUGGAAGGAAGAUAGAUGGAGGCUUAUUGAAAAGCUCAAGGAGAAGAGAAGUUCAGUUUCUGCUGCAUUGACAAAAAAUGAGCACAGGCUUGGAGACUUGCUGCUGAAGAAACUAAAUGGGCCUGAGCAAUUUAACGGGAAACUCUUCCCAAGUUCAAUUUUUGUUGGAGGAAAGGAUUACAAUGUGCGGCGGCGGCUAGGCAGCGGAAGCCAGUAUAAGGAAAUUCAAUGGCUGGGAGAAAGCUUUGUUUUGAGGCACUUCUUUGGGGAGAUUGAGCCUUUGAGUUCUGAGAUUUCCACUCUCCUAUCUCUUUCCCACCCCAACAUAGUGCAAUACCUUUGUGGCUUUUAUGAUGAGGAGAAGAAAGAGUGCUCACUUGUUAUGGAGUUGAUGAGCAAGGAUCUUUGCUGCUACUUGAAGGAGAAUUCUGGCUCAAGGAGAAAGAUUCUGUUCUCUCUCUCUGUAGUUGUUGAUAUCAUGCUUCAGAUUGCAAGAGGUAUGGAGUAUCUCCACUCUCGGAAGAUAUUUCAUGGAGAUUUGAAUCCUUGUAAUGUUCUUCUCAAAGCAAGGAAUUCCACUGAAGGUUAUUUUCUUGCAAAAGUGUCUGGUUUUGGUUUGUUGUCAGUCAAGAGUAGUCUUACUUCUCGAAACACACCAAAACAAAACACAGAACAAAAUGUUGCAAACCCAUUUAUUUGGUAUGCUCCUGAAGUUCUGGCUGAGCAAGAACAGCCUGGAAGAGAUUCUCCUUCCAAGUACACCGAGAAAGCAGAUGUGUACAGCUUUGGGAUGCUUUGCUUUGAGCUUUUGACAGGGAAAGUUCCUUUUGAAGACAGCCAUCUUCAGGGAGAGAAGAUGAGUAGAAACAUAAGGGCAGGGGAAAGACCUCUCUUCCCAAUCCCAUCACCUAAACACAUUGUGAAUCUGACCAAGAAAUGCUGGCAAACUGACCCAACUCAGCGCCCAAAUUUCUCAUCCAUCUGCAGGAUUCUACGCUACACUAAGAAAUUCCUUGCCAUGAACCCUGAAAAUGGGCAGCCUGAGCUGCAAUCACCUUCUCUAGACUUCUGUGACAUAGAGACCUUGUUUGGGAAGAAAUUUCCUGCAGAGGGGGAUGGUGAUAUAGCCCCAGUAUCCCAAAUUCCGUUUGAAUUGUUUGCUUAUAAACUUGCAGAGAAGGAUAAGAGUUGCAUGAGCAUUAAAGAUAAGUGUUGGGUUCCAACAAGUGAUGAAGCCUCAAAUAGCAGAGAUGAUAACUUGUCUGAAGUGGAUGACUUGAUACCUGCUAUCGAUGCAGGUUUAGCUUGUUUCGAUGAGAUGCCAGUUUGUUCAGAGGCUCCAUUGAAGAAAACUCUAGCCCCAAAGAAACUUCCAGAGCGAAAGAUGAGAAAAACCCCAGGAACACCAAACGCACAAUCAGCAAGAUCUGCAUCAGCACAAUCACCACUGAGAAAAUGUGGCCACAAUUUGAAGACAAACAGAGGAAGUAAGACACCAUUGACUUUGAGUCCUGUGCACCCAAGUAUAGGAAGGAAGACACCGUUGACAAUGAGUCCCGCGCACCCAAGUUUAGGAAGGAGAACACCGUUGACUAUGAGUCCUGUGCACCCAAGUAUAGGAAGGAGGAUACCGAUGACUAUGAGUCCUGUGCACCCAAGUAUAGAAAGUAAUGGCUCAGAUUCUACCGUCUUCUAGGGACCUCACCUAAACUGAAACAGAGUUGUUAGCGUAUGUUUUAUAGAACUCUUGCCCCAGAAACGUGGGACUUUCACGAUAAUUUUGCUUAUAUAUCACGUUUUGUUCUACUUCAGAAGCAGCAUGUAGUGUUGGUUUAGAAGUUUAUGGACAGCAAAACUUACACGCUUGACUCUGUAUCCAAAGAAGUUUCUCUGUUAUAGGACUAUAGAUUUCAAGUUUCU